GUCUUUCCGUCCAGCUUUAAUUACCCCCGGUGUCUCCCCGCUGCCGGAUCCGGUUCCCAUCAAUGAUUCAUACCGGGCUGUAGGACGGGGUUCCUCAGGCUCCACGCUGGGACCGGGGGGGAUUUUCCGACCUUUCUGGCAUUAAAUCGGUGCAGACGGUGGUUGGAGCUGAGCACCGUGUCCCCCCGGGGGAUUAACGCCCCGGUGUCCCCAUGGGUGUCCUGAGCUGCAUGAAGUACCUGAUGUUCAUCUUCAACGUGCUGGUGUUUGCCGGGGGGAUCUGCCUGGUGAGCGUUGGGGUCUGGGUGGCUGCAGACCCGGCUGGUUUCCAGGACAUCGUGGCUGCUAAACCUGUGCUGAGUGUGGGUGCCUACCUGCUGCUGGCUGUGGGCAUCGCCCUCUCAUUGCUGGGCUUCCUGGGCUGCUGCGGGGCACUGAGACGGAGCCGGCCGCUGCUGCUGGUGUUCUUCAUCCUGGUGAGCCUUGUCUUUAUCACGCAGCUCGUUGGGGCCGUGCUCUUCCUGACGCACUUGAAGCAGAUCCGGCCAGAGCUCUUCCUGUCAGAGCUGCGAAGGAAUUACUGCGGGGAUGAGGGUGCUGAGGUCUUCUCUGUGGCUUGGAAUACCCUCAUGGUGACAUUCUCCUGUUGUGGCGUUUUGGGGCCUGAAGACUUUGGGAAUGGUUCCCAUUUCCAGGAGCUGCACCCAGGGAUGCCUUGGCCACAGGCGUGCUGUGCCCGGGAUGGGCUCCUGCAGGCAGGAGAGCUGCUGGGAUGGGAGCAGUGCCAGGAGAGGAGCCCUGGCUACAUCCAUGAGCAGGGCUGCUUCCCCACCUUCAGCAAGACCUUGCAGAAGUACAUCUCCGUUCCUGGGCUGUGCAGCUUGGCCGUGCUGGGCAUUGAGAUCUUCGCUAUGUUCUUCGCCUUUUGCCUUUACUACAACUUUGACUGAGCAGGAUGCUGGGAGCAGCUCUCCAAGCCACUGGCAGCACAGCAGAGAUGAGCCAAAUGCAUUGGAAACAGCAGCAGGCAAAGAUGCUGUUUUUCUUGCAUAUCUCAGCCCAGCUGUUCAGACCUCAGCCCUGUUCCACCCUAACCCAAACCCAUUCCUCACAUUAUCCCCCUCCUCUGUAUUGUCCCCCCUCCACCUCUGGGCCCUUUUUGUCCUUUCUCAGCCCUUCCCUCCCCCUGCUCUUCUUCUCUGUCCAGCUCCUGGAGAUAUAACCCAGCUGUGUUAAAUGGUGUAACCUGCAAAUGGAACCUAAGAGCUGCCUCUCUGGAAGCCUUACAAACCAGAAAGAGAAGCAAAUUAAAGCUUUAUUUUCUAUAACAUCUCAAAAACCAAACGAACCAACUGCUAGGAAACAGAAACAAUAAACCCUGCUGCUAUUCCAUAUUAAACUAUUUGAUUAUACCCACUUAAAGAGGACACAAUGAAAGCAAAGCUGGCAGCCACAUCAGGAACUAAACUCACUUAGGAGCCCAUGCGAGGCUGCUUCUCCUUCUUGCUGAUAGAGCUCCCUUUUCUUUUCUGCAUGGCAGAUCCAUUGGUGGCUUUGCUUUCACUCUGGUUUGUUUUCUCCUCCAAAGCCUCCAAAGAAAUAAGAAGUAACAGCUGUGAAUCAUUUAGUUUUAGGAGCCAUUAGCACUGCUGUGCUAAGUCCUGUCUGAGCAUGAGGCACAGCAGAAUGUGCACUUAGGAACAGAGCUGAGGCGGAAUGAAGGUUGAGUAUCUUGGGGUUCUAUCAGUCCUGCUCAACCUACAGACCUCCUGGGAGAGCACUGCAAUUCAAUGCCUCAUUUACAUGGAGGGAGCAAUUGUUGCUGCCCCACACCACCUCUUCUCCCCCUCUGUGGCCAUGGAAGGGGAAUUAGAUGAGGAAUAUUCACACAGCUGCAACAGGAAGGCCCAUUUCUUACCCUCUUCUGUUGGCUCGCGUACUUCUCAGUCCACUCUUUGGCAUUUAUUAAGAACUGCUGCUUGUUGUACUUGUACUCCGAGGACUAAAAGAGAAAGAUUUGACUUUA